AUGAUGGCUAUUAUUGUUGUAGUUGUGGCAUUCGUCGGUCUGAUGAGCACCACAGAGUGCGCAAGUUUCGCGUUGGAGAGCCAGUUUGGCGCAACUUCUGCAGUUCAUGUCAUGUCAAGCACCUUUACAGCGACGAUUACAAGAAGCUCACUCGGUAUGGCAAUUUUUGCUACGGUUGCGGUUUUGCUCGGUCAUCCCGUUUCAACAAAGAGCAUCCCAUCCAACCUGGCCAGGAGCCCGUCAAAAGCUUCUGUGCCCAUUGCAUGA